AUGGAACCCCCCGACGUCGAAAUCCUCGUUCACGUAACCUCGCCCAGCAAGGUCUCCGACGACGACACGUACAGACGUCUGGCGCGCGCAUAUCUCGCCUUCCGGCCUGAGACCACAGUCGACAUCACCACGGCCGCGGCACCUCUGUCCAGCCAGCACUCCGCGUCGCCGAUUGUCCAGGAAGCCCUGUGUCCCGAAUCCCAAGACCUCAGCUUUCAAAGCGCAAUAGAUAACCGGGCCUCGCCCCGUCUGCGCGCAGGCGCGCCCUCUUCCUCGCAAACGAGAACAAGGGCCCUAAUCGCAUCUCCCUCGCCCCCGUCAUGGACCUCGCCGCCCAGCCAGAUAAGCGACUCAUACCCGCUCCCAGACGCCGCCAUCAUCAACACCACGCCAACCCGACUUCUGCAGCGCUAUCUCCAAAAGACGCCCUCGUCACAAAGCACCCCCUCGCCCAAGCAUCACCACACCGGAGCCCCUUCGCCAAGCAGCGACUCGGCCGCCAUCAACAUCCCCUCGUCGAUCCCCGUGCCCCCCGACAACGAAGCUCAGCCCCGUCCCAAGCCCGACACUAUUCCCGUCACGCCCCAUGCCCCCGCGGGACUUCACAAGCGUCCCCCCCCAGAAGACGAGGCCCUCGACAUCACCCACAUCUCCAACAGCUUCGCGUCGUCCCCGGCCGCAGAACCCGCACCGCCCCCGACCAAGACCGCCCGGACGCUCGUCACCGCGGCCCCGGCGUCCCAAGUCGACGUCCCCCUCGCCCUCGCCCUCGCCCCCGGCACGUCAGAGGCCGGCCCGACCCGCUCCCCGGACCUCUCCGCCACAGAAGUCAUCUCCCACACCCUCUCCAUCAGGCCGCCGUCUCCAGAAACCUCCACGGCCAACCUGGACCCCGCGUCCCUCGUGUCGCCCAAACUCGACAAACUCUCCCGCGACUUGUCCACCCGCUACAGGCCGAGGGCAGCUCGCCAGGUCGACCCCUUUGAAAGGGGAUACUGGCUGGUAGAUUGCACAUCGUGGUCCGACCAAGUCCGUCUCGACACGUGGGUCUUCCUGACGAAUUACCUGAGCAGCGGACUCGCCGGCUGGGGCGUGUGGUGUACGCGAGACGAGUCGCGUGACUGGAUGCGCUUCUACUGCUGGGGCUACGUGGCCAAACACAUCUAUCUGCUCACGUAUCUCGCCAGCGGGAGGGAGAUCAAGGCCACGGGCGCGAGGUGGCUUGACGCCCAAGGCCAGGUCGUCCUGCAGGUGGACGGCGCUGGGAGCAAGUGA